AUGCGUCAAUACUUCACCACGACGCCCUCGUCACCAAGACGCCCUCACCACCAAGACGCCCACAGCACCAACACGCCCUCACCACCACGACGCCCUCGUCACCAAGACGCCCUCGUCACCAAGACGCCCACAGCACCAACACGCCCUCACCACCACGACGCCCUCGUCACCAAGACGCCCUCGUCACCAAGACGCCCUCGUCACCAAGACGCCCUCACCACCAAGACGCCCUCACCACCAAGACACCGUCACCACAUGGACGCCCACAGCACCAACACGCCCUCACCACCAAGACGCCCACAGCACCAACACGCCCUCACCACCACGACGCCCUCGUCACCAAGACGCCCUCACAACCAAGACGCCCUCACCACCAAGACGCCCUCACCACCAAGACGCCCUAACCACCCAGAAGCCCUCACCACCCAGAAGCCCUCACCACCAAGACGCCCUCACCACCAAAACGCCCUCGCCACCAAGACGCCCUCACCACCCAGAAGCCCUCACCACCAAGACGUCCUCACCACCAAGACGCCCUCACCACCCAGACGCCCUCACCACCAAGACGCCCUCACCACCAAGACGCCCUCACCACCAAGACGCCCUCACCACCAAGACACCCUCACCAUCAAGAUACCCUCACCACCAAGACACCCUCACCACCAAGACGCCCUCACCACCAAGACGCCCUCACCACCAAGACGCCCUCACCACCAAGACGCCCUCACCACCAAGACACCCUCACCAUCAAGAUACCCUCACCACCAAGACACCCUCAGCGCCAAGACGCCCUCACCACCUAUACGCCCUCACCACCAAGACGCCCUCACCACCACGACGCCCCGCUUUCAAUUUUCUCUACCCCCAUGUCGCCGAGCCGUCAACGGCUCUACCCCCAGACCACCCAGCCUCCAGCCGAUCUCGCCGUAA